UUUGAGACGCUUGGUGUGUUGUGUGUUUUGCGUUUUCGUUUGAUUCACAACUAAAAAGAGAAUAAAAAAAAAAAACAACAACGAACCGAACAACAUAACAGAACGCGAACGUUUUCAUCUCUCGUGUCUGCGUUCAGAGUUUUUCGUCGCUUAUGUAUCCAGAUUGAUUCGAAUAUCCCGUAGAUUCAGUGGUUAACGCGUGGCAACGUCAUUCUUCCGUAUCACAAAUUGGAGAAGGAACAACAAGAACACAGAGAGAUUAGAAACCAUUACUGAACCGCUUCUGUAUGAGUGACGGCUGCCAAAACCAACAAAAUCUAUCUCGCCCAUCAUUCGAAACACAUCUCCAAAUACAUUGUGUAUUAUUUUUGUUUCGACGUCGCAGUGAAUUCCUCCCGAAUUACGAAGAGAGAGAGAAGAGAAGAAAAAAAAUGAUCCGAAGUUCAAGUGAUUAGUAAAUUAUUGUUUUCGCAUUUCGUCAGUACGUUACAUAGCACUUAACACGACAGAUCUAGCUGUACGUGUAAGAGACACUAAAACGAGCAUUUUUUUAUUCGUGUUUUGAUCUGUGCUUUUUACGAGUGAUUUCAAUCUUUGGAAAUCUGAUAGGCGACUUUUUUUCUCUGCAGCCGACGGAACUAGUUUAACUUGAAGAAACUUUGACGUGAAAUCUGAUAAGACGAUUUUUAAAAGAUCUUUUCUUAUAUGAUAGUUUGAAAGAAAGAGAAUUGUAAGAAAAUUGAACACUUCCGACAAUUUCCAAUUUCGGUCAAUUUUUUUUUUCGGGUCGACAAAUUUUGAAUGUGCAAAAGAAUAAAAACACGGGGUUAAAUUGAUCCGGAAAAUAAGAAUCGCUCGACUGCGGACUAUAAAACAUGAAAAAGUGAUUAGUUUUCUUGAUCGACGGCCGAACACAAACACAUCAUAUAUUCAUUUGUGACAUAUUCCACAUUGGCAUUGAUUACUUAAUACAAUGUUGUUAAUGCAAAAAAACGAACAACGGCAGUAGAGUACAAAUUCACCUGAAAAACAAUAACAUCCAAUUACCAAAUACAACGAACUGAAACAUCGUGUUUAUGUAUAUGCGCACCUUAUCAAUCGCGAUUGAAACGUUCACAGACAGUAACAAUAACAAAAAAAAACGUUUGCUAAUUUCAAAUGGAAUUGAUUUUUCAGCCAGCCAACGAAAGAAAGUAAAAGUUUUCUAUUCUUUAUCAAAAAUAGUGUGUUUAGGUGCAAUUCAAAGUGAUUAUUAGUUUAUGUUACACACAUUUUGCACACGCCGAUUAUGCAACCGCAAUUCGUCUAAUAUGCACCAUACAUAGACCCCAUCGCCAAAAGAAAGAGAGAGAGAAAAACGUAAAGAAAUUAGAAGAAAAGUACGCGCAAUAAAGUGAAUGUUUUACACACCGCUUGAUUUUUGUUGUUCAACUGAAGUUAACUUGUGUGCGCAAAAUUGAUCGUUUAAAUAUCAGAAAAAAACACUUGCAUUCGAAGAAAGUAUUACACCAUUUUUUUUUAAAGAAGAAGAAAGAAUAAACGAAGCAGCAACAAAAUAUAUAUCUGUAAGACAGGCAAAUGCAAAAAGAAAAAAAGAGUGCAGUCGAAACAAUGAAAACAAUUGAAUGAAUUCGCUGGUGUUAAUUGCAUUAAUUAACUUAUUUCUGCGUUAGUUGCAAACGGCGGACGAAUCGAAGUGCAACCAAAAACCGAACCAUCAGUUGUGUUGAAUUUGAAUUGAGUGUAUGCGUGUAGAUGUGCGUAUGUUCGGGCGCGAUCACUCUUUCGACUCUUUGCAAAUUAAAUUGUGUUUAUAGACUAUUUAUUACGUGCAUUGAUUGAGGAACUGAAAAUUUUGAUUUUUUUUGUUCGUUUCGUUGUUGUUUACCUGUUCAAAACUAAGACAUAUUUUAUGCACACGAAUCAAUCCACGGUGUAUUGUUGUAGCGAUUGACGUAACCAUUUUGCGAACGAAUAAACGUAUUUAAUGAAUAGACAUACAUAUGAUAAGGAAAUGAUACGAGUUUAUUAUGCCAGUGUUUUAAUUGAAAUUUUUCGGAAUUAUCUUUGCGUGGUAAAUUGAUUCCCCAUUAUUUUGAAUUUAACACAGUUACAGCUAAAAUAGAACAAUUUUUCGUUAAAACCAUACGAAAAAAAAGCGUUGCGCGCAAAUCAAAGAGUUUGUAUUUUUGAGUUGAGCAUAAAAGACGCAAUUUCUCACAGAGACAAAGUGUUUGGCCAAAUAUAUCUUUUUCCCCAAUAAAGUUUGCGGAAUUUUAUCAAAAUCGUACUCCAGUGGCAUUCAACGGGCGUGAGCCCAAAGUCAUCAACAAUUACGAGCACCGCUGAUUUAUUAUCACCAAACGGUGUAUCAGCAGCAGCUGCAAGUGGUUUGACUAUGACAGUUCCGAUGCAACGUGGAUCAAUGGCCGUUCUACCGUCUCGCUCACGUUUUAUGAUCACCGAUAUUUUGGGCGGUGGUGGUGCUGCAAAUGUUGGCGCCGCAUUACAUUUGAGCCGUGAACAUGUUGAAAAUGGUGGACGAUCACCAUCACCCGAUAAUCCACGCGAUCUAAGCGCAUCGGCCGCAAACAAUAAUAACAAUCAUCUACAUCAUUUGCAUCACAAUCUCGGUCUUAAUCAUCAUCAUUUGAGUCAACACAAUCAUUUGCAUCGGCAUGACGAGGACAGCGAUUCGAGCGGACCACUUGAUGAUGAUAACAGUGUUUGUAGCAAUGGUGGCAAAGAUGAUGACGGUGGCAGUAUUAAAAGUGGCUUAGGAAGUCUAUCGGGAUCAUCUGGAUUGAGCAAAAAACAACGAAAAGCCCGAACAGCGUUCACCGAUCAUCAGCUACAAACGCUCGAAAAAUCAUUCGAACGACAAAAAUAUCUAAGUGUUCAGGAUCGCAUGGAAUUAGCGAAUAAAUUAGGCUUAAGCGACACACAAGUGAAGACAUGGUAUCAGAAUCGAAGAACAAAAUGGAAACGACAAACUGCUGUUGGACUCGAACUUUUGGCCGAAGCUGGUAAUUAUGCCGCAUUCCAAAGAUUGUAUGGUGGUCCGCCUUAUAUUGGUGCAUGGCCCUAUGCCGCUGCCGGUCAAGGUCCCUCAGCAGCACCGCCGUCCGCAGCAGAUUUAUACUAUAGACAAGCAGCGGCAGCCGCUGCAUUACAAAAACCGCUACCAUAUCGUUUGUAUCCGGGAAUGCCGACGCUUGGCUCAUUGGGAGGCAUUCCGGCACCGGCAGCACCAUUUUCCCAUUUAUCGGCAUCAAGUUCACUAUCGUCGCUCAGCAACUACUAUCAAAAUUCGGCAAAUAAUAGCUUAAAUGGUUCGGCCGCCAACGGUAACACCACAAAUGGUGGUAGCAGUGAUCAUUCGCCAAGAAGAACACCGAGCCCACCACUCAAUCCAGGCAGCCCGCCAGCUCGACGCGCUCAAAGCAUACCACCCAGUGACGAUGAAGACAGCACCAUCAACGUUUAAGUACAUGAACGUUUCAUUUUUAUUUCAUUCUAAUCUCUUUGGUUCUCACUUCCCCCCAAAUGCUUAACAAAUGAAUUAACUACAUCCUCCUUUAAGCUAAUCUAUUCAGUUCAAACAUGGUUUGAAUCGAAUUUUAUUUAGUGGUUUUUUUUUGUAAUUUUAUUUUAUAACAAGUGCUGUUAGUUUUCGUUCAUUCAUUAAAAUGAUACACACACACAACAAGUUUUGAUUGUAAUUGUUUAUUUUCUUCAAUAUAUAAAAAUGAAAGUAGCUAAAGUAAGGAGAAUUUCUAUGAUUUUAUCGUAGGUUUAAUGUUCAAAUCAAUAUGAAACACACACACACAUUCGAAGUAAGUGAGGAAAUUUGCAAAAAUUCUAUAAAAUUCAUUUAUUUUAAUCAAGAGAAUACUCGGGAUUUUCUGCAUUUUUUUCUUUUUUCUCGGCAAAUAUUUCACUUUUCAGCAACAAUUCAAACGGUUAAAUCUUUAUUAAAACAAUUUGUAUAAAUUUGUGUUGUAAAUAAGAUCCGGAACGAACAUUUUUGUAUAAACGACGAUUCGAACAAAAUCAUUGUUCACCAUCCCGUUUGGCAAUGUUCACUCCAAAAACUGGAUCUAAAUAUUGUAGUUGUUUAGAUGUUAUAAUAGAUUUAAGUUAAUUACCCAAGACAAAAUCAAUGAAAAAAUGAUUCUCCUUUCAAAAACUGAACACAUUCCAGAUAUUUCAAUGAAUAUUAUUUACAAUUUAAUGUGUAGGUUUAGGAACAAAAUACAAAAUAACCUUAUUUCCACGGUUCUGGUGAAUGAACACGCCAAAAAAUCUAUAGAUUCCAUUCAUUCAGAUCCCACACAAAAAAAAUCUUCAUAGCAUUAUUUUCUUCUGCCCAUUUUUGCAAAUGAUUGGUUUUUAAAAAAAAUAUGACUAAGAAACUAUAAUUGAAAAAAAAAAUCGAUGUUGAAUAUAUCAAUCUAAAUGUAUGUAAUGUAUAUUAUUUAAAGGAUUUGUUUCAGUACGAGGAGAUUUGUGAUGUUUUCUGAUUCAAAUCUUCAACAUUCAAUGAUGCGAUCUGAAAAAAUCUAUUUCAUUAAAAAAAUCUUGAAUUUUCUGCUUGAUUUCGAAAGAUUUUUCGGAUGAAAUCAGAGAACGUCACAAAAAAGUCUCGCUCGAAAUAGAAAUGGCAGUGAAAACCGCUUGAAAGAAAUUAAAAAAAAAUCUGGAAGAGGAAGCGAUAUUGAUGUAUUACUAUAAAAUUCAAAUUACUAUGGAAAUUCAUAAUUAUUAUGGAAUAUUGAUAAACUUAAUUGAAAAAAACGUAAAAGAAAAAUAAAUAUGCAUACACAUACAGAUAUUAGCUCUUAAAAUAACACACUUU